AUGUUAUCAGAGAAAGGCAGCCACACCGCCCUUGGUUCAAAGCGGUAUGGUUCAAAGGGAAUACUCCCAAGCAUGCAUUCAAUAUGUGGGUUGCUGUUCAAGAUAGAUUUCCCACCCGUACAAGACUUGCGUCUUGGGGGAAUGCUCAUUCCAACAUCUUGCUGCCUCUGCUCGGCUUCAGAUGAAUCAAGGGAUCAUCUCUUUGUUGACUGUCCCUAUACCCAGAUUAUAUGGAGUUUGAUGCUCAAAAAGCUCUCUGAAGUGUCGAUCACUUUUACUUCUUCGUUGCAGUUACUGAGUUGGUCAUCUUCGACUUCCACCCGGUCACCGCGAACUUUAAGAAGUAUUGAUGUCCAAGUCAUCAUCUACUACACUUGGACUGAAAAAAACAACAUAGUUUACAAGAACAGAUGCUACCAGCCUAUGACCUCUUCAAGCUUGUUGACAGAAUGGUCAGGAACACAAUCUCUGCUCGUAAGACCAGAAAACAAUUCAAGAAUCUCAUGGCCCUCUGGCUGA